CCAGCCUUGCAGGUAUUUCAUGCAUGGGGUUUGUAAGGAAGGAGAUACCUGUCGCUACUCGCAUGACCUCUCUGACAGUCCAUACGGUGUGCUGUGCAAGUAUUUUCAGCGAGGGUACUGUAUUUACGGAGGCCGCUGCAGAUACGAACAUAGCAAACCAUUGAAACAGGAAGAAGCAACUGCUACAGAUCUAACUGCAAAACCAUCCCUUGCUGCUUCCUCAAGUCUCUCACCAGUAGUUGGACCGAUUGUUGAAAUGAAUACAGGCGAGGCUGAGUCAAAUUCAAACUUUGCAACUGUAGGAGCAGGUUCAGAAGACUGGGUGAAUGCCAUUGAGUUUGUUCCUGGGCAGCCCUACUGUGGCCGUACACCCCUGCAGGGCUCAGUGACCAAGGAAGAACCAGAGAAGGAGCCAACAGCUGUGGACACGAAGAAGCAGCUCUGUCCCUAUGCAGCGGUGGGAGAGUGCCGCUACGGGGAGGGACGUGGGAGCUGCCCAUUUGGAGGGAACUGUUUUUACAAGCAUGCGUACCCCGAUGGCCGUAGAGAGGAGCCACAGAGACAGAAAGUGGGAACAUCAAGCAGAUACCGGGCCCAACGAAGGAACCACUUCUGGGAGCUCAUUGAGGAAAGAGAGAACAGCAACCCCUUUGACGAUGAAGAAGAGGUUGUCACCUUUGAGCUGGGCGAGAUGUUGCUUAUGCUUUUGGCUGCAGGUGGGGACGACGACGACGAGCUGACAGACUCUGAAGACGAGUGGGACUUGUUUCACGAUGAGCUGGAAGACUUUUAUGACUUGGACCUAUAGCAGCUUUGCGUGGCGUGGGAACUGGUCUGCUGAGCCCAGACAGUGGCUGUCCCCUGUGGUGGUGUGGCAGUGCCCGUGUCUCCUAGGCAGGCCUAGCAACUCCAGGUGCUGUCGUAAUACUUCGUACCCAGGGCCUGUCUUCUUACUCCCUCACCUUUCCCCAAGGAGUAUGUUGUUUCCUCUGGUUAAAAAGUUACAAAAAUAAACCUUAAAGUUAGUUUUUUGUAACACGAACUUAA